AAGAAGAUGGACGCACUCCCAAGAGGGGCUUGUACACUCCGGUUUCAACCCGCCACACUCAAGUAGUCCAGUCCUGCCAUGUGAUAAGUUGCUAGGGACUCCCAAUGCCAUAGCAACAACACAGACCAUUGUGACCCAGCAGGUGAAUUCAACCGGGUACAUUUAUAAAGACUUUCCAUCAGGCAGAUAUGGUAUCUGGGAAAAAAGGACUUGAAUCCAGAUCAUGUCCAUCAAACAGGAUUCUGGAACUUGCACAACACAAAGAAUACAAAACAGUGUGGGUCACAACACCUUGUCCAAAGCUUACCUGGGGCAAUCAGGAGUCAAUAUGGCCUCUGUCUUACUCAGCGCUGGGUGCCGUUCCAACAGAGCGAAUCCAAUACCUAGCUAAGCACAAAAGAGACUUCUCUGCAUGGGAGGACCGCCUGAGGAAAGACGAGGAGGUGAUCUCCUCCAGGAAGACACUACGUUCUUCCUCCAAGACAGCCCAGUACGAGCGCGUUGUCCGCCUGUCAACACCUAAGACCAGGUCCCGAAGCUCCCAGGAAAUGGGGCCUCCUCACACGUCGUGUUGUGAGUACAGCUGCCCUAUCUGGCACAUAGACCCCAGAGUGAGAACUGCUGAGAUCACUCCACGGCUACUACAGCUAGCCAAUCCCAAAGCGAACCACCUCAACUUCAAAAGCGACAGGGAGAAAGUGGAGACAUACAUUUCCUAUGCUGCCAAAACGGCUCAGACCACUCAUAGGCUGGACCAGCUCUCGCUACCCAAGUUGAGGGACAGUAAAAUGUUCUUUGAGCGAGGACAUCCAGAGGACUCCAUUUGGCCAGUGUCAAGGGGUGCCCGUCAGGCCACAGCAACUUUACGACUUCAAACUCUAUCAGCUCCUAAGGGACUUAAUAAGGACUACAUCCCUCUGAGAGACCUGCCACCUUUAUGAGCUUGCUUCUCCGUCAAGGUCCAUGUUGGUGCACAAUGUACUAGGAAAAUGGCCGCUGAAAAAAGCAAAAUAAAUGGGUACAGAGUAGUACUCGAGGGGUCUCUAAUAAGA